AAUGGCUGACUCGGCAACUUGGUAGAGACAGUUUGGCAGAGAAGUUAGCGGGCGAGGGUGACAUAAGGAAGGUUUACAUUUUACUGAAUAUUUUUCUGGAAUCGUUAAUCUUUACGGACAGAAGUUACAUUUCUUGUCGUCAGUGGUAGAAGACUUAAAAUUUAUAUGCAAAUUAAUGCUAUUACAUAAUUCGAGUGAAACGUUUCUAAACUGUGUGAAAGCUGGUGCGAAAUUCCAAAAAGGUUCGCUUCUACCCUCUGUUUGUCAACGUUAAGGAGAAUGGAUGUAACUUUGGGGAGCUUAGAGGGAAAAGAAGAAGAAAAAUUUCAGGAGAAUGAGGAGACAAUCCCUGUAAGUCACAAAACAAAGAGCUAUGGUAUAUCUAUUGAUUCUGGCUUAAUCCCUUCGGUACCUGUUGAGGAGCAAGGAGCAGUCUUGAGAAACUUGGGAGUGAAUGUGUUCAACCAGGAUGAAUUUGAAGAAGGAGUUUUAAAGCAGGUAGAUGAAGCGAUUGCUGUGAAAGAAACAGAGGAGAUUGUGAGAGGAUGGGAGAAAAACUUGAAAGCUGUGGAUGAAGAUAUCAGGAUUGUAGAAAAUGAUUUGCUUGAGCUUGACCAAAUAUUGAAAAGAGUUGAGAGUAAGAGUGGAAUUGGAUAUGAAUCAUGGAGAAGAACCCAAGCAGUGCAGAAACAAAAGGAUAAUAAGCUCCGCCAGUUGAAGAAACUGCAAGCAACUCAAAAAGCAUUACACCACAAGUUGGGUAUUGGAAAUGAGGAGGAAUUAGAACAACAGGAUGAGCUUGAGACUUCAGAUGGCAAUAUUCAGAGUGUUAGUGAACGCAACAAAUUCCCUCUUGUCAGAGAAAAUCUCUUAGAGCAAGAUGCAUUGAUUAAGACUGGAGAGAUGACACCAUUUGGAGGGACUGUUCCAAGAAAUGGCAGUGAGGUGAACAAACACUAUAACUGUGGAGAGACUAAUGCAGGAAACUCUAAGAAUUACAAGCAGGGUGUGAAUGAUGAAAGAGAAGAUAAAAAUGAGGAUGGUGAUGAUGACAAGGACAAUUACGAUGAAGAUCUUUAUGAUGAUGAAUACGUUCCAGAUGAAGGUGAGCUUAAGUACAGUUGGUUUGAAGAGGAUGAGAUGAACUGGAAUGAAGAUGUCCAACCAACUAAAUCGGAGAAGCAGACUGGAAGAAAAAGGUCUUUAAAUGCUGCCUACAUGGAAGAAGAUAGGCUCAAGCCAAAGAAGAAGAAGAAGAAAACUAAUCAAAUGACCAGAAGGAGGGCUGAUAAAAAACCUGUUGAUGAUGGAAAUGAAAAAUUGUAUCGCCAAAGGAUCAGGGAAUGGAGAAUUAGUGAACUUCUCAAAAAGAGAGGUGAUUCCACAGCUGUUGGAAGUGAUGAGGAAGAAUAUCCUGAUGUGGUAUUUGACAAGGGGCUUAAGAUCCCAGGCAAAAUAUGGGACAAGUUGUACAAAUACCAACAGACAGGUGUGAAGUGGCUGUGGGAGCUUCACUGUCAGCAGGCGGGCGGUAUUAUUGGUGAUGAGAUGGGCCUGGGAAAGACUGUUCAGAUGAUUGUUUUCCUUGCUGGGCUGAAGUACAGCAAAAUAUCAGCGAGAAAGAAACACCCAGGGCUAGGGCCAGUGUUGAUUGUGUGUCCUGUGACAGUUCUUCAUCAGUGGGUGCAAGAGUUUCAUAAAUGGUGGCCAGAGUUCAGAGUGGCUGUACUUCACGAAACAGGAAGUUAUCAAGGAUUCAAGCAAGAGCUCAUCAAAAAAAUGUGUAAAGAGAACGGUGUGUUGGUGACAUCCUUUGCGGGAAUACGUCAACAUCAGGAACAUCUUCUUGCACAGAGGUUUGACUACGUUGUUCUUGACGAGGGUCACAAGAUUAGAAAUCCAGAUGCAGAGAUCACUUUGGCAUGUAAACAGUUUCGCACUUGUCACCGCAUCAUCCUUUCUGGCUCACCCAUGCAGAACAACUUGCGAGAACUUUGGUCCUUGUUUGACUUCGUGUUCCCUGGCAAACUUGGCACCCUGCCUGUGUUCAUGACUGAAUUCUCCGUGCCAAUUACUAUGGGGGGAUACUGUAAUGCCACUAAAGUACAGGUUGAAACAGCGUACAAGUGCGCCUGUGUCCUCAGAGAUACGAUCAAUCCAUACUUGCUGAGAAGACUCAAGAAAGACGUCAACAUGAGCUUGGAUCUACCAGCAAAGAAUGAGCAGGUUCUUUUCUGUCGACUGAGUCAGGAGCAGCGUGAACUUUACCAGCAUUAUUUAGACUCUAAAGAGGUGCAGGCCAUCCUAGCUGGUAACUAUAAGGUAUUCCCUGGUCUGAUUAUGCUGCGAAAGAUUUGUAACCAUCCUGACCUGACAUCAACAGCAGGCUCCCUUCUCAAAGCCAAACAGGAUGCUCUCAAAGCUGAACUAGGGGGGACGGCUGAGGAGGACGAACCCGACCCUGAUGAUGGAUAUGGGGACCCCAGACGGUCUGGAAAGAUGAUUGUUGUCGAAGCUUUGUUGAAGAUGUGGCAAGAACAGGGACAUAGAGUGUUGCUGUUUUCGCAGACAAGGCAGAUGUUAAAUAUCCUUGAAAAGUUUGUGAAUGCCAGGGGCUACACAUACUUCAGACUAGAUGGUUCGACACCGGUGGCGUCCCGUCAGCCUUUGAUCAAAAACUUCAACGAGGAUCGUUCAAUUUUCGUGUUUCUUCUCACCACUCGUGUUGGCGGGCUGGGCGUCAAUCUAGUGGGCGCAGAUAGGAUUAUCAUUUACGACCCCGAUUGGAACCCCAGUACUGACACGCAGGCACGAGAACGAGCCUGGAGGAUCGGACAGAAGAAGGACGUCACCAUUUAUCGCUUGAUCACAAGUGGAACGAUAGAGGAGAAAAUCUAUCAUCGGCAAAUUUUUAAACAGUUCCUUACCAAUCGAGUUCUGAAGGACCCCAAACAACGCAGAUUCUUUAAAUCCAAUGAUCUUUAUGAGCUCUUCACAUUGGACAACUGUGACGUCAAAUACGGCACAGAAACAAGCGCCAUUUUCGCUGGGUCAAACUGUGAAAUCAAAUUGGGAUCGCGUCGAAGGAAGAAAAAGGAGGCCAAAAAAACAGAGACCGUGAAGCAUCAAGCUGACAAAAAGGAGACAGAAAAAUCGAAGAAGCCAAAAAUAGAAAGGGAUGAACAAUUUAGUGGAGGUGCAUUCUCGAUCGAUUGGCGGGACAUAGCUGAAACACAAAGCUUGUCACAAGAUAAAGAUUCAAAGAGAGAAGUUCAAGAAGCAUCGAAGGAAGUUGACGAGGUGAAAACUGUCGGUGAGAAAAGCUCUACUCAAGAUUGCCUAAUUGACGAGGAAAAGGGAAGUAAAAGUGGAGAAAAAGAUGGGGUUGUGAACGAAUACUUGGCAGCAAAAGCUGCGUUAGUCGAUUCUAACGGCUUAGACAAGGAAGAAUCUACUUUAACGUCUUCAAAACGGGAUGAAGCGCACAUCCAAGACCAAACCGCCAAAGAAUCUGAAUCACUAAAAGGAGAGAACACGGUAACAACUGCAGACAAUGGCAGUAUUCCUAAGGAAGAUAGCCAGGGAGGCCUUGAAAAAGUAGCUGGUCGCGCUUUGAAAAAAGGAAAAAAGAAAAUUUCAUCCUUGAGCGAUAAAGAACUUACAAAGAAAGUUAAGCGAACAAAAAAGAAAAAAAGAAUGAAAAGGAAACGUCAGGGAGGACUAAUUGACGGUAAACACAUCGAUCAUCUGGAUCACAGCGAAAUCUACAACCCAGCGAAUACCAGUCAGUCAAGUGCAGAGGAAAUGGAAGAACAGAAAAAGCAAGGCACUCACCAGGACGAGUUUAUUCUGAAGCAUCUCUUCAAGAAAUCAGGUGUACAUAGUGCGUUAAAGCAUGACGUCAUCAUGGAGGCCAGCAACCCGGAUUACGCACUGAUUGAAACCGAGGCAAACCGUGUGGCGGAACACGCCGUGAAAGCGCUGAAACGAUCACGUCAGUUAUGUCAUCGUGCAAACAGAGGUGUUCCUACGUGGACGGGUGUGUCAGGUUCAUCUGGUUUGACGGAACCAGCAGCAAAGAGGCCACGUUUUGGACAGAAGAAGAAAGUCGGUACAGAGGAAGCUGCAAAGUCCUCCUCUACUUCGGAAGUCAAGCCUCACUUCAGUGGCGACCAAAUGGGAAUGAGCAGUACGUCGGCAGAUGGCACGGAACCAGUGCACUCCAGUCAAUUGCUGGCGAAGAUGAGGGCUCGAAACAACAUUUUGCCUAGCAACGAGACAGGGCCUGGAAACGAGAAUGACGACUUAAUUCUCCAAAUAAGGACUUUCAUUGCGUCACAAGGAACAACGAUAGGACAAGCGACUACUCAGGAAAUCUUAGACGAGUUUCGUUCUAAACUCCCAUGCAAUGAAACUACUCUGUUUCGCUCCAUGCUGCGACAAAUUUGUACUUUUACAAGGGAUUCGUUAACUGGGAAAGGCGUCUGGAUUUUAAAUGAAGAGUUUAGAUGAAGUAACAAUUUUUCAUAUUUAGGGAGGAAAAUGUGUAUGCUCUUUAAAGUAGUGGAAAUGGUUGAUCGCUGUUCUUAAAGGAGGAAGUCUCGAUUAAAAGAUUAAACUGUCUCCUGCCAUUCCAACUUUUAUACACUAUAAAGAAUUUAUUUCCAUUGACUGUGGAGAAUAAUUUUGUUGUUUUUCCCCACUGGCUGGAUUUAAGAAUAUUAACCUUGAAAAACUGAUCAGCAACAGAGGCCGCUAACGAAAAUUUAUGACUUUAGAAGGUUCGCCAUGCCUGCUCCCGAAAAGGCACAGAAUUGGCUGCUGAAGAAGGAUGUCUCUGACUAAGUCUUGAGAUUUCAAGAUAACGAAAGUCGCAGAAAUUUGCAAUAUCCUCAAAAAAGACGAAAAACCCAAUGAUGGGUUAACUGGCUCGAAGAUGUCAGUUAACAUGUAAUAAUGCAAUCUAUAAAAAUGAAGCAAAUUACAAGAGUCACGUUAGAUUGUGUUUCGUCUUUGUUUCUUUGAAGUCGGCUCUAUUUUAAUGCUCCCGAAGACCUACCUGAGGUACAAAAAUAGAAGCUGUAACCAAGAGAAACUCCAAGGGAUGAGCAGACCUUGGGAUUGGCUGAGCCAGAUGGUAUUCUUGUCCUUUUAUGGGCAUUGUUCGUCUUUAUUAGUGAUAAAGAAUAUAACACAACAGAUAGCUAAGCCUCAAGUGUUGAGAUCUUAAAAUAAGAUGGCGGUCUCGAGCUGAAUUAGAAGAAUUAUUGAUAUUAUAAACUCAGUGUAGAUAACAAAAAGGAUAGAAAGUUGCAGGCGGAGCACUUUUGAUAGGAGCUACUUUAAGUCAGCGUUUAAGGUAAUAUAACUAUUUUAAGACUUAGCUCUUUUUACAACUUUAAAGCAAAAGCCACAUGUUUAAAUGGCCCAUGGGAAGCAGAGUAAAGAAAAAUUACAUAAGUGGAAAAUAAGACUUUUAAGUAAGUUGUAAGUACGAAAUGUAGCAAGAAAACUCAACUUAUGUAGUCCAUUGACAAGAAACAAACACAAACGGUCCCAUAGAAAUGAUAAUAAUGUUAAUAAUCACAAUAAUAUUAACUACAUAAAUAGAAGAUAGACGACAAUUAUAUGUAGGUAGUGGUAAUGAAUAUGAAACUAAGGGAUCAUUCAAAUAUAAGAGUUCAGUGGAGAAUUACGUUAUCCUUUGUUGUAAUAAAGUUACGCUGCGAAAAAAGAGUCCUUAAUCCCCUCUCAGUGGACCUUUCUAUCGGUGCCCUUAUAAAAUCUCAUCCCUAAACGCUCACAAUAUAUUCAAAGUGCAUAUACCAAUAACUUUAUAGACAGUGCGAGUAUAAGAGAUAGUCCAGGGGGUCUGGACCACCGUCCCCUCUCUUCUGCAUCAGACCUUUUUUCCUUUAUGACCUGACAUUAGACAUUCGCAUGUUACCAUUAAAUAUGAAGUAGCUAAAAUUUGCUUGUCUCGAAUUAUUUCUUGGCCUAUUAGGCUUUAUUGUACGUAAAAAUAAAUUGAAUCAAAU